UGACAGAUGGACAUCAACGAAUGUCACUCUGACCCCUGCCAGAACGAUGCCACCUGCCUGUGCCUGCCAGGUUUCACCGGUCUGUUGUGUGAAGAGAACAUCGACAACUGUGACCCCGAUCCCUGCCACCAUGGCCAGUGCCAGGAUGGGAUCGAUUCCUACACGUGCAUCUGCAACCCUGGGUACAUGGGCGCCAUCUGCAGUGACCAGAUUGACGAGUGCUACAGCAGUCCGUGCCUGAACGACGGGCGCUGCAUCGACCUUGUGAAUGGCUACCAGUGCAACUGCCAGCCGGGCACCUCAGGUGAGCACGGGUGGCUGCGCGCUCAGAGUCUCACUGCUCGCAAACACAGUUCCUACAGACGCCUCCACUUCUCUUGACAUCUGCUCAGAAACCCAGUGUCCAGCCCUGACUCGGAGAAGCGCAAGCAAAGCCAUAAGUAGCUCCGAGGCAGACUACUGUUCAGUGGAGAAGCUGGAGACCAGACUCUGCCAAUCUAGUGCUUUUGUUGCUUUGUGUUUUUAAUCAAC